CGUCUAUGGGCGGGGUCGUGGUUAACCCGACUCCACCUAAUGUAUCCAUCCAGUCGCCGUCUCUCCUACUUACUUGCUAUCCAGGUUUCGGAGCUGAGCAGAAUCGUGGUCUCCCCGUCGUCCGCAGUCGUUUGGAACAGAUCUGCAACAUUUGGACGCUGCAGCUUUUUUAUGGACCUCUAUUAUGAAAACUUCCCCAUCAGCUCUUCCUUUAUUUACGACGAUAAUUUUUGUCCUUUUCAUUUUUUCCACUGCUGUUAGCCUCAAUUUGUUGCUUAUCACCACCAGCGUCACCUGAAAAGGGGAAUCAUUCCAUUACACCGCUAGUCAUUGGUCCCGCUUACUCUGCUGCUGCUGCUUUGGAUUUUAUGCAAAUAUCUGGACUCAGACAAAGGGGAUUUAUUUUUUUCUUUCUACAAUCAACACUUGUUUACUCUGAGGAAUGUAUCGCGACGGCUUUGAGAGCGCGGUCUGACCAAAGGAAAAUAUACGCAGCGCCUGUGAAUAAACUAUGCGCCUUGGCUUUGUGGAGCGGGUCUCUUCCUGACGAUGCUGUAGACCGCGUCGGGGUCUGUGGUCCGCGUGCAUCCCCAUUGGAUUGGGUACAAAACGAAGAAACGACCUUUUUCGUUCGGGAGAGCUUGUCAAAUAUAUUUUUGGGACAAGUGUAUUUAUUUUGACUAAAAGCGUGCUUCUACCCGGAGGCACACCAAACAGUCAAAACAUGGGGGACUCGAUGUGGAGAUAUUAUUUUGGAGUUCUAUUUCUUGUCUUCAAAGUACACUUGUGUAGGGCGCUCAUCUUGGAGUCCAUUUAUUGGAACACAACAAAUACCAAAUUUGUGCCAGGACAAGGUGUGGUACUUUACCCUCAGAUUGGGGAUAAAUUGGACAUUGUGUGCCCUCGAGUGGAUGGUGGGGUCGGUGAGGGAAUAGAGUAUUACAAGGUAUAUAUGGUGCCCAGGGAGCAGCUAGAGAGUUGCACCAUCACCAAGGCUGACACACCGCUGCUCAACUGUGUCAAACCUGACCAGGACGUAAAGUUCACCCUCAAGUUUCAGGAGUUCAGUCCCAACCUUUGGGGUUUGGAGUUCUUCAGGGGAAAAGACUAUUACAUCAUCUCUACAUCAAAUGGCACAAUGGAAGGCAUCGACAACCAAGAGGGGGGAGUAUGCAAGACCAAGUCCAUGAAGAUGAUCAUGAGAGUGGGCCAAAAUCCUACUGACCCUGUUUCAUCCAAAGACAAACCCACCAGGGUUCCAUACUCUCCUAAGCACCCAGACAGCAAGGACACCCACAAAAAUAAUGAAGUGCUAGAGAAGCCAGGUGCAGCAUCCAGAGAAAGCGAUGCAAACAACACAGGCGGGAAGUCAUCCAAUAUCAUCGGUUCUGGGGUGGCCAUCUUCGUCAGCAUUGCCUCAGGCAGUGUCAUCUUUAUCAUCAUCAUCAUCAUGCUGGUGCUACUGCUUCUCAAAUACCGGCGGCGUCACCGCAAGCACUCUCCACAGCAUGCAGCUACAUUGUCUCUGAGCACGCUGGCCACGCCUAAGCGAAGUGGCAGUGGUGGAAACAAUAAUGGCUCCGAGCCCAGCGACAUCAUCAUCCCGCUCAGGACUGCAGACAGUGUCUUUUGCCCCCACUACGAGAAGGUCAGUGGCGAUUACGGCCACCCGGUCUACAUAGUUCAAGAGAUGCCGCCGCAGAGCCCUGCCAACAUAUAUUAUAAAGUUUGAAGAGGAACGUUGAAAAACACGAGACUUACUGGAUCACUGUAGAGAUUGGCGCGUUCAUGGUUUCAGCUAGCACAGCCCCCAUCCCUGCAAACAAACUCCCUCACCCUUUUUCUUUCAUUCUGCCAAGUCCUCUCCUAUGAUUCUUUGUCAGUAAAGUUUUCAUUGUCAACUUUAGAUUAUACCUACUUCCUCUGAUAUGUUCACAGCGAGUUUGACUGGGAUUGGCAGAGACCUGAGAAAUUGCUGCUGCUGCUGCUACUGCGUGGCUUUGGGCAAUAGGAAAAGGAAAAAUGGAGUGUAUCUUUUGUCCAAACUUUCUCCCUUUUCUGGUUUGUGCACAAGUGGCUUGCAUGUUCGGGAGCUUGAUAUGUUAGGUCCAAGAGGUUUGAGAGAUGCAAGUGUUGUUUUUAUUUUGCUGUCAUGGAAAGGAGAGACGACUAAAUGGAUGUGAAAGAUUCAUCAUAGAGAAUGUCGGUUGGAAAAAUAAAAUUAGCUGGAAAGAGGCAUAUAUUUGAGCCUGGAAGAAAGGUAACAGAGAAGAAUUAGGCUGACCAUGAACUUACAAAGUGGCUGCCCACCCUUGAUGUUCGCUGGCUUGAAUGACAAUUUGAUUCCCCAGGCGAACAAGGAAAGGGGGAAAUAUUUUAUAACCAUCCUCUCUGGGACUCUGACUGACUUGCAGAUAUCACCCAAACACCCUGUCAGCCCACCCACUACUACGCACACCUGUCAAUUUCAACAUUUUUUUUUUGUGGAUACACCAUUUGUCCCAAUUCAUAGAUGCGUUCUCACCAAAUUCUUCUUUCAUGUUACUUGAAGGUUGUAUCCAGUGUGUAUCCUAUGUACGUUUGAUUUGAUUAUGUGUGGCUUUGAUAUCCUGGUGUAGCUUUGUGCAAAUAGGAGUUUAAUUCAUCCUUUCUCAGCACAUAAUUUUUUUAUGUAACAUUCAAAGACAAGUGGAGUAGCAAGUGUGUGUUCAAGAUGAUAGGAUGAUAUUGAGGAUGAUUGUGUGACAAGUCUAUUAAAAGACAUGCCUGAAGAGUGGAGGACUUUGUAAAAAAAAAAAAAAAGAGCAGCACUUUUAACCCCGUUUUGGUACCUG